AUGGAGGACCUUGAACAACCCACCAUCAUCGAGCAUCGAGAAGAUCUCAUGGUCUCACUCUCUGGCGGAACCCCAACUCUCCGACCCGCCCAUUUCCUCAAACCCUCUGUUUCCGCCAUUGAAGACCCAAUCUUCGAGCUUCAAAACCCAAGUCUCAAUCUCUCUGAUCUUCCAUUGAAGGUCGCAUUCAAAGGCUCCCGAGACCCUCUGAGAAAGUGGGAAGAUUGGGUCGAUCGAAUGAAAUCUCUGCACCAACUCACAUGGAAGAAAGCUGGGAUCUUUGAAGCAAUCAUCACUUCUACGUAUCAAAUCCGUAUCGACACUGACAUUGUUUUAGGGCUUGGUUCUCGAUUUUGUUCUGAGACGAACACGUUUGUGUUUCCAUGGGGAGAAGCUACGGUUACUCUGGAAGAUGUUGUGGUGUUGGGUGGUUACUCUGUUCUUGGAGACUCUGUUUUGGGUACUGUCGAAAUCGAAGAAUUGGGUGAAAUUGAUGAGAAAUUGUUGAGAGUUCGAACUGAAAUCACCCGAAGCAAGUCUAGAAAAGCCGAUCAACAUCAAUGGACGAAGAGGUUCAUGAAUAGUGGAAGCGAAAUCGAGCACGAAGCGUUUUUAGUACUCUGGUUGUCCAGGCAUGUUUUUCCAAACUCUUUCAAUAAUGUUGGUAAACAUGUUCACCAUAUCGCGAUUCGUCUCGCUAGAGGGAUAAAGAUUGCUCUUGCUCCAGCUGUUCUUUCGCGGAUUUAUCGCGAUUUGAGAUUGUUGAAAGAAGCAAUUGUUGGUUCUAUGAUUAGUAGGAGAACUAAUGAAGAUGGUGCUGAACUAGGUCUAAUUGAUUUAUGGGCACCAAUGCAUCUUGUUCAGAUUUGGGGUUGGGAGAGAUUUCCCUCAUUGAGGCCAAUACCCAAUUUGAUUGAACACGGGGAGCCAAGAAUGGCUCGAUGGAACAAGGCGAAGAGACCGGGUAUUGAGAAUGUGGGAUCGGUUAUAGACUCUGCCGGAGACAGCUUCCAAUGGCGCCCUUUCGCCAUUUCUGAGAAAAGCUGGCUUCUUUAUGAGUUCUACAAAGAAAGAGAAGAGUGGGUGUCUUGUACUGAAAUGGAUGAAGAUUUGGAGUCAUUUGCUCGGUUUUUGAGGGCUUGUGAGUUGGUUGGCCUAGACUGUAUAGAACAGUAUCUUCCUCAUCGCGUUGCCAUGCAAUUUGGGAUGGAUCAAGAUCUUCCAGGCCGUGUGGCUCGGUUCAAUGAAACACCCGAAAUUGCCUGGGAAAAUUACACCAGACCAAUUGGAGAUGCAAAAUUGUACGUUCCAUCACGACUCUUCGAGUCAGAUGUUACCACUCGAUAUCUGAAGUGGUGGAUUCCAUCAAAUUUUGUACAGGAAAAGAAUUUGAGAAAAAAAUCACCCAGUUCUAAGGGAAAGAAGGUAGACAAUGAUGCCCCCAAAACCAAGAGGAUCAAAGCGGCAAAAUCUAUUGGCAAAGAUGAGCACAUACUCGAGUCUUCUCAAUGCACAAAACCUCAAACUUCAUCACCUCUAAUUGCAGAUAAUGGAGAUGGGAAAGAGAUGGAAUCUCAAGUGGAACCAGGAGAACAUACUAGGUGUAAUGAAGCGGUGAUGGGGGAAUCGUGUCAAUUCACUGAAAAUGUAAUUGAGAGUAGAGCAGGAAUUCAGAUUGAUAAUGGGGUAAGCAUCAACAAAAAUGAAGGAGAAAUCGAUAUCGACGAUAUACCUGGGUUUCCGGUAUCGGAACUUGAAGCCCGGAUUAGCAGACUCGAGAAUUUUUUUGCUCAGCUAAAAGCAGCAAGAGCUAGGCGUUAG